AUGGAUUUCUGUCCGGAGUUUCUCGCAAGCAGCUGGGGAAGAGAUUUUUUGGCCGGAGGAAUUGGAGGGAUAACAGGCAUUGUGGCAGGGUAUCUGCUUGAUACGAUCAGAAUCUGGCAGCAACAUUCCAAGAAAGGAGGCUCAGCCGCCACCAUCUUCCGCCAUGUUGUCUCCAAAGAAGGACCCCUUGCCCUCUACAGAGGCAUGGCUGCUCCUCUCGCUUCUGUUACUUUCCAAAAUGCAAUGGUCUUCCAGAUUUACGCCAUACUCUCCAGAGCAUUUGACAAUGAUGUUUCUGUGACGGAUCCACCCUCUUACAAAGGCGUCUAUCUUGGAGGUGUUGGAACUGGAGCAAUGCAGAGCUUGUUGCUAAGCCCUGUUGAGUUGGUGAAAAUCCGUGUUCAGUUACAGAGGAACAUUAGUGCCAAUAAAUAUACAGACAUUCAUCGAGGCCCUGUGGAUCUUGCAAGAAGCAUUCUCAAGACUGAAGGUUUGAGUGGCAUGUAUCGUGGAUUAAUGAUCACUGUCCUUAGAGAUGCUCCCGCUCAUGAAGUCUACUUUUGGACUUAUGAGUACAUGAGAGAGCAGCUUCAUCCCGGGUGCAGGAAGAAUGGCCAGGAGAGCUUCAGAACAAUGCUUUUUGCAGGUGGACUUGCCAGUGUUGCUACCUGGAUAUCUUGUUACCCAUCGGAUGUCAUCAAAACCAGGUUCCAGGCACAGAACUCAGCAAAAUACACAGGCAUAGUUAAUUGCUUCAGGCGAAGUGUGAAAGAAGAAGGGUACAGAGUGCUCUGGCGCGGUUUAGGAACUGCAGUUGCCAGGGCGUUUGUUGUAAAUGGAGCCAUUUUCACAGCCUAUGAAACAACUCUAAGGUGCUUCUACACCAACAACAGCCCCGCAAACCAUGCAAACAGAAAAUGCAAUGUAGAGAAAGAAGCCCGGAGCAUUAUCAUGGCACUAAUACGAAAAUGCAGCAUUUUGUGGAUCGCAUUGGAUUAG